AUGGCAUGCCUCUCUUUCUCGGCCUGUUCUACUGUUAGGCGCUCAAGCAAUAGGGAUGGCCAUGAACCAAAUGACCAAAAUAUUAGUAGUGUCAAAAUCAAUGGUACUUCUAGCUAUCCUUCAGCUAAGGUCGAAUUAUCAGGCAAAAGGAAUGGAGCUGCAACAGUUGCUUCUGAGAAUCUUUACAUCAGUACUCAGGAGGUUCGACAAAACAUUCCAACAAAGAAGCAACUGGUUGAUCCUUUUCGUCAAGGGCUGAUUAUUGAAGAGGGAGUUGGUUACAGGCAAACUGUUGUUAUUCGAUCAUAUGAAGUUGGUCCUGAUAAAACUGCAACACUUGAGAGCGUACUCAACCUUCUUCAGGAAACAGCAUUGAACCAUGUAUGGAUGUCAGGCCUUCUUGGUGAUGGAUUUGGAGCAACACAUGGUAUGAUGAGGAACAAUCUUAUUUGGGUUGUUUCAAGAAUGCAAGUUCAAGUUGAUCAUUAUCCAAUUUGGGGUGAAAUAAUGGAAAUAGACACAUGGGUUGGAGCAUCAGGCAAAAAUGGCAUGAGGAGGGACUGGCUGCUUCGAAGUCAUGCCACAGGACUUGUUUUCGCUCGUGCAACAAGUACAUGGGUGAUGAUGAACCAGCAAACUAGACGCCUGUCGAAAAUGCCAGAUGAAGUCAGGGCUGAAAUCUCCCCAUGGUUCAUUGAGCAGCAAGCUAUCAAAGAAGACAUCCCAGAAAAAAUUGAGAAGUUGGAUGAUAAUGCAAAAUAUAUCAUUUCAGGCUUGCAGCCAAAAAGGAGUGAUUUGGAUAUGAACCAGCAUGUCAACAAUGUCAAGUAUGUUCGGUGGAUGCUUGAGGCAAUUCCUGACAAAUUUUUCGAGAAUCACCAGCUUUCUGGCAUCAUUCUAGAGUACAGGAGAGAGUGUGGAAGCUCAGAUGUCGUCCAAUCCCUCUGUGAGCCUAAUGAAGGUGGACUUAUUGCAGAUGGAAUUCAACAAGAUAACAACAUUCGUCUACUGAGCGGAUUUUCACGGUCAUCAGGAGUCAUUGAAGGCAAUGGACUGCUCCAAUCUUUAAAUCCAGGGCCAUCCAGCCAUACACAUCUUCUCCAAGCAAAAGGAGAAUCCAGAAAUGAAGAAAUUUUAAGGGGAAAAACAACAUGGAAGAGAAAGAUCAAUAGCCUGCCUUUGCAGGGAUGAAUCAAGAGGUUAUGGAAAAGGGAUUAGGCUACACUGCUUGCUAGCUAAUCCUCAGGACCAUAAACUCGAAUCAAAAUCAAUUUGCUGGCGUCAAAUCAGAGUGUGAAAAUUGCAUUCUCUGUAAAUUCCAUGAAAAUUUUCACCUAAACUUCUGCUAGAAUUAUAGAAUUGUACAAACCGUUAAU